AUGAGUUUGCAACUAUUCACUAUAUAUCUUGGACCCAACCAAAAAAAAAAAAAUCGUUUCCAGUUCUUGACGCUCACAAAGUGGUGGGCUGUGCCAACCAUAUGGCUGCCUGUUGUCUGCUGGUUGCUUGUGAAAUCUAUUCGGAUGGGUCAUACUCUUCAGGAAGUAGCUCUAAUGGCCCUAUUUGGAGUGUUCAUUUGGACAUUGAUUGAGUAUACUUUGCAUCGCUUCCUAUUCCAUAUUGAGACCAAAACCUAUUGGGCAAACACAGCACAUUACCUUCUUCAUGGAUGCCACCAUAAGCAUCCUAUGGACUCACUCAGGCUUGUGUUACCUCCUACUGCAACAGCAACUUUGUGUGUGCCGUUCUGGAAGCUGGUAACGUUCUUUGCAACCUCAACUACAACCCCUGCACUAUUUGGUGGUGGCCUGUUGGGAUAUGUGAUGUAUGACUGCACUCAUUGCUACCUGCAGCACCAUGGACAACCAUCCAAAGAUCCAGCGAAAAAUCUCAAGAGGUAUCACCUCAAUCGCCACUUUAGAAUCCAAAACAAAGGCUUUGCCAUUAGCUCAUCACUCUGGGAUUAUGUUUUCGGGACAUUGCCUCCACCGAAGACAACCUGGAAGAACAACUGAGUCACUGAUAUAAAUGUAUUCUUUGCAUAAGAAAUUGUAGAGGAUAUCUGGAUAUGUAAUAUAUUAAGGCUAGGCACAUCUGCUUGUUUUGUCUAUCUGGAACAACAGGUUCACAUGUCAAUUCAGUUCGAAUUCCUGUGGUUUACUGACGACUGCUUUGUUGUGGGUGAAGACAUUUCAUUGCCUUGACAUCCAAUGUUCAUAAUUCAGA